AUGGAGAAAUUAACCACCAAAAAAGCACAGGCUUCCUUGGGCACCCUGGGAAUUCUCUGGGCAGCCCUCAGAACCAGUGCUAGAAAUGGGAAGCUUUUGGUCUCAAUCAUGGUCUAUGUUUCCAUUUCUUUCUCUGUAUUGGCAUUUUUUGGCCAUCUUGCAUUGACACCCAUAGUUACAGAUUUAUCUUCUAAGUUGGCAAUUCUGGAGACGAACCGUAGUAUCGAUGACGCUAAUAAAACCUUAAAAAGAGGAAUUAUUGAACAUGCCCACCUUUUCCUGUUGUUGGAAUCACUCAUAUUGGUCUUCUCUUGUACCAUUUUAGUGAUUUCCUCGGUUGCUACAAUUUCCUCAUCUUAUGAAGCCUACACUGCAAAAGUUCUAACACUUGAAGACAUAUGGGAAAGAGAUAAAGUAGAUUGGAUGAGGCUGGCCAUCAGGGUCACCAGGAUUUGGGCACUUUGCCUGGCGAAAAUCUCCAUGUUUGUGGUGUUCACAGUCUUCUACCAUGAAUGCAGAAAGAGCCAUGAGAAGGUAGGGGAUGAAGGAGAACAAGGUCUCUAUGUUGCCAUUCAUUCAGGUGAAGCUUAG